UACUGCUCAUGACUCAUCGUUGAAAAAAAAAACCUAUGCACCCUUCUCUAGCAAUCAGACAUCCAUAAAUCGCAGCUGCGACUCUAAUGUGCAUCUCUGAACUCCUCCUAACACCAUUGUGGAUUGCGCAUUAUAUGUGCUUCCUCCCAUUUCGGUUAAUCCUUUGGUCAUUGCGGAUUGCGCGUUAUAUGUGCUUCCUCCCAUUGCGGUUAAUCCUUUGGCCAUUCAAGCUCUUGACCAGUUUCAUCAUGUACAUCGUCGGUUUUAGAAGACAGGGUGUAGCAAAAGGUUCAUAUGCAUCCCAAUACCAAUCCCGUCGUUAUGGUGGCUAUGAUGGAGAUGAACCAGAGUCAACGUUUGCGGCUCCCGUGUCUUUCAUGGCGGGUAUUGGAGUUUUGUUUGUCUUGGGCCGGGCGUGGGAUGAUG